AUGCCGGAGUGCGGUGCUCAGCCACAGGAUGGCUGUCUUGUUGUGGCUGUCAGAGGCCUGGCUGAAUCUGGGUCCCCCAGGCCUGCAGUGGAGCCGACUGGGGAGAAGGAGGGGCCCAGGAGGUCUGCUCUGGCCUGCAGCCACACCUGGAGGCGAUGGGAUGGUUACCCUAGUGUGGCUGUCAGGAUCCAGGGUGAAUCUGGGCCCCCUGAGCCUGCAGUGGGAGCUGACCAGAGACAGGAUGGGGUCCAGGUGGUGUGCUCUGGCCUGCAGCCAGCCCUGGGAGACUCCUUCAGUCUGGGAGACAGGCUGCCCCGGUUGGCUGGGAGUCCCUGGCUGUGUAGAGGAAGAGUGGAAGUGCUCCACGGAGACAUGUGGGGCUCGGUCUGCGACUCCCACUUCUCUCUGGAGGCCGCGGCUGUCCUGUGCCAGCAGCUGCAGUGUGGGGUGGCCGACUCUGUCCUGGGGGGAGCCCAUUUCGGAGAGGGCGAAGGGCCAGUCUGGGACGAAGACUUCCGGUGUGUGGGGCAUGAGUCCCUCCUGCAAGACUGUUCCAGAGAGUCCCGUCCAGAGAGGAUGUGCAACCACAGCAGGGACGUUGGAGUCAUCUGCUCAAGGUUCAGGUUGGUGAACGGCAGCUCCCGCUGUGAGGGCAGAGUGGAGUUCCAGGUGGUCGGGUCCUGGGGAAGCCUCUGUGCCGACCGCUGGGACCUGGCAGAUGCCAACGUCCUGUGCCACCAGCUCGACUGUGGCUUUGCCUUGUCGGCCCCCGGAGGGGCGGAGUUCGGAGAAGGAGACGGCACCGUGUGGAAAGAAACAUUUUACUGUUCAGGAUCAGAGACCGAUCUGAAGGAUUGUCCUGUGACCGUCCUGGGAGCCCCUCCCUGUUCUCAUGGAAACGUGGCCGCGGUGAUCUGCUCAGGAAACGGGACCCUCCCGUCGCCGUCCCCGCAGUGCAACGUGUCCACGUGGGAGCCGGCCGGGCCCGGGGGCCCACAGGGGGGCGCUGCAGAGUGCACAGGGGCUCCACAGCUCCGCCUGGCGGACGGCGGCGGGAGCUGCGCCGGCCGCGUGGAGAUCUUCUACAACGGGACGUGGGGCACCGUGUGCGACGACGGGUGGGACGUGAGCGACGCCCAGGUGGUGUGCCGACAGCUGGGCUGCGGGGUCGCCGUGAGCGCCCCCGGGGCCGCCCGCUUCGGGCCGGGGGAGGGGCCUAUCUGGCUGGACGAGCUGCGCUGCUCCGGGAACGAGUCGCACCUGGGGCGGUGCCCGUCGGGGGGCUGGGGCCGCCACGACUGCAGGCACAAGGAGGACGCGGGAGCGAUCUGCUCAGAAUUCCUGGACCUGAGGCUGGUCAGCAAGACCUCGCCCUGUGCCGGGCGUCUGGAGGUUUUAUACAACGGCACGUGGGGGGUCGUGUGCAUCAACUCCAUGCGGGAAGUCACCGCGGGCGUGAUCUGCCGGCAGCUGGGCUGUGGGGACAGCGGGAACAUAGUGACUAGUGACAUUUAUGGGAAAGGGUCUAAACCUCGGUGGGUCGAUAAGAUCGAAUGUCGAGCUGGUGACCCCACCCUCUGGGAGUGCCCGUCUGACCCCUGGAACGAGGAGUCCUGCUCUGAAGGAGAAGAAGCCCAAAUUGAAUGUGCAGAGAAGGAGAAAAUCCAGUGCCCGGGAUCUGCGAGGUGCGCCGAGCGGCUCAGUAUCCGGGUGAAAGGGAGUGACAACGACUGCUCGGGUCGUGUGGAGGUGUGGCACAACGGCACCUGGGGCACGGUGUGCGACGACUCCUGGGACCUAAGGAACGCGGAGGUGGUGUGCCGGCAGCUGGGCUGUGGCUCGGCCGUGGCCGCCCUCGGGGGGGCCGCGUACGGUCCGGGCACCGGGCCCAUCUGGUUGGACGAGGUGGCGUGCAGGGGUCGAGAGGCCUCUCUGUUGGACUGCCCCGCGGGGCCGAGGGGACAGAGUGACUGCGGGCACAAGGAAGAUGCGGCGGUGAAUUGUUCCGGCAUCACAGGGACCACCGUGACAUCGACCCCUGACCCAGGAGCCCCGGGGACCACGGUCACAACGCCGUCCAACCCAGGGUCGAGCUCCGCGGUGGACACCUUACCGAGGAUCCUGUGCGUCGUGCUGGGAGCCCUACUCUUCCUGGUCCUGGCCGUCCUGGGGGCUCAGGUCCUGCAGCAGAGAGCCCAGCGCAGAGCCGCCUCCAGACGCCGCGAUUCUCUCUCGGAGGCCGUGUACCAGGAGCUCGAAUAUGCGCUGAUGGGGGAGAAGGACGGGCUGAGCUUCCGAGGCUCCGGGUCCUGGGGCUCGGGGGCUCAGCUGCCAUAUUACACUGGGGACAGCGAGGAGGGGGAAGGAGCCGAAGAGCGCGGAUCCGGCGGGGAGCAGGACUGGGCCUACGACCAGGCGGAGGACGGCGGGCGCAGCCACCUCCCCCCAGCGGCAGGGGGCAGCGCCACAGACCCCUUCCCCAAGGAGGACCCGGCCGACGGCUACGAUGACGCCGGGGUUCCCGACCCUGCGCUGAGCGAUGCGGUGGCCCCGGAACCCCCCGCGGACGUCCCUGGGGGCGGGGUCCCCCCGACAGGUCGGACUUUGCCAUCCCGAGUGGAGGCCGAGGGCCCUGGGGCGGGGACAGGUGACCGGUCGCUGGCCCCCGAGGACCCGGGCUACGACGAUGCCGAACUCUGUGUCCUGGACGUCCCCGAGAGAGCGGCCGAGCCCCGAGACCAGCUCCUGGGACGCCACGGGAUGACUGCCCUAGUGUGGCUGUCAGGGUCCGAGGUGAAUCUGGUCCCUCUGAACCAACACAGACAUCCCCGGCUGGUUGGGCUGCCACGGCUGUGUGCCGGAAGAGUGGAGGUGACUCACGGAGACACGUGGGGCACUGUCUGCGACUCUCACUUUUCUCUGAAUGCUGCGGCCGUCCUGUGCCGGGAGCUGCAAUGUGGAGUGGCCAUAUCCGUCCUUGGGGGAGCCCAGUUUGGAGAGGGCCAGGACCGGGUAUGGGAUGAAGACUUCCAGUGUGCAGGGAAUGAGUCCCAUCUGUCUUUCUGCCCCAAACAAUCCCAGCAGAAUGGGACAUGCAACCACCACAGGGACGUCGGAGUCGUCUGCUCAAGGUUCACAGGAUUGAGACUGGUGAACGGCAGCUCCCGCUGUGAGGGCAGAGUGGAGCUCCAGAUGGUCGGGUCCUGGGGAAGCCUCUGUGCCGACCGCUGGGACCUGGCAGAUGCCAACGUCCUGUGCCACCAGCUCGACUGUGGGUUUGCCAUGUCGGCCCCCGGAGGGGCGGAGUUCGGGGAAGGAAACGGCAAGGUGUGGACAGAAACAUUUUACUGCUCAGGGUCAGAGACCAAUCUGAACGAUUGUCCUGUGACCGUCCUGGGGGCCCCUCCCUGUUCUCAUGGAAACGUGGCCGCGGUGAUCUGCACAGGAAACGGGACCCGUCCGUCGCCGUCCCCGCAGUGCAACGUGUCCACGUGGGAGCCGGCCGGGCCCGGGGGCCCACAGGGGGGCGCUGCAGAGUGCACAGGGGCUCCACAGCUCCGCCUGGCGGACGGCGGCGGGCGCUGCGCCGGCCGCGUGGAGAUCUUCUACAACGGGACGUGGGGCACCGUGUGCGACGACGGGUGGGACGUGAGCGACGCCCAGGUGGUGUGCCGACAGCUGGGCUGCGGGGUCGCCGUGAACGCCCCCGGGGCCGCCCGCUUCGGGCCGGGGGAGGGGCCCGUCUGGCUGGACGAGCUGCGCUGCUCCGGGAACGAGUCGCACCUGGGGCGGUGCCCGUCGGGGGGCUGGGGCCGCCACGACUGCAGGCACAAGGAGGACGCGGGAGCGUUCUGCUCAGAAUUUCUGGACCUGAGGCUGGUCAGCGGGAUCUCACCCUGUGCCGGGCGUCUGGAAAUCUUGUACAACGGGACGUGGGGGGGCGUGUGCAGCAACUCCAUGCUGGACAUCACCGCGGGCGUGAUCUGCCGGCAGCUGGGCUGUGGGGACAGGGGGACCACAGUGACUAGUGACAUUUAUGGGAAAGGGUCUAAGCCUCGAUGGGUCGAUAAGAUCGAAUGUCGAGCUGGUGACCCCACCCUCUGGGAGUGUCCGUCUGACCCCUGGAACGAGGAGUCCUGCUCUGACGAAGAAGAAGCCCAAAUUGAAUGUGCAGAGAAGGAGAAAAUCCAGUGCCCGGGAUCUGCGAGGUGCGCCGAGCGGCUCAGUAUCCGGGUGAAGGGGAGUGACAACGACUGCUCGGGUCGUGUGGAGGUGUGGCACAACGGCACCUGGGGCACGGUGUGCGACGACUCCUGGGACCUGAGGAACGCGGAGGUGGUGUGCCGGCAGCUGGGCUGUGGCUCGGCCGUGGCCGCCCUCGGGGGGGCCGCGUACGGUCCGGGCACCGGGCCCAUCUGGUUGGACGAGGUGGCGUGCAGGGGUCGAGAGGCCUCUCUGUUGGACUGCCCCGCGGGGCCGAGGGGACAGAGUGACUGCGGGCACAAGGAAGAUGCGGCGGUGAAUUGUUCCGGCAUCACAGGGACCACCGUGACAUCGACCCCUGACCCAGGAGCCCCGGGAACCACGGUCACAACGCCGUCCAACCCAGGGUCGAGCUCCGCGGUGGACACCUUACCGAGGAUCCUGUGCGUCGUGCUGGGAGCCCUACUCUUCCUGGUCCUGGCCGUCCUGGGGGCUCAGGUCCUGCAGCAGAGAGCCCAGCGCAGAGCCGCCUCCAGACGCCGCGAUUCUCUCUCGGAGGCCGUGUACCAGGAGCUCGAAUAUGCGCUGAUGGGGGAGAAGGACGGGCUGAGCUUCCGAGGCUCCGGGUCCUGGGGGCUCGGCCGCUCAGCUGCCCUAUUACACCGGGGACAGCGAGGAGGGGGAAGGAGCCGGAGAGCGCGGAUCCGGCGGGGAGCAGGACUGGGCCUACGACCAGGCGGAGGACGGCGGGCGCAGCCACCUCCCCCCAGCGGCAGGGGGCAGCGCCACAGACCCCUUCCCCAAGGAGGACCCGGCCGACGGCUACGAUGACGCCGGGGUUCCCGACCCUGCGCUGAGCGAUGCGGUGGCCCCGGAACCCCCCGCGGACGUCCCUGGGGGCGGGGUCCCCCCGACAGGUCGGACUUUGCCAUCCCGAGUGGAGGCCGAGGGCCCUGGGGCGGGGACAGGUGACCGGUCGCUGGCCCCCGAGGACCCGGGCUACGACGAUGCCGAACUCUGUGUCCUCGACGUCCCCGAGAGAGCGGCCGAGCCUGGAGACCAGCUCCUGGGACGCUGACCCUGUCGCCCGGCUGGGCUGGGGUCGCGAUUGUCAUUGCCCCCCCCCACACCUACCACGACUUACCCCCCCCAGGACAGGAACCCCGGCUCGGUGGAACCCCCUUUCCAUCUGAUUCUGGGGAACUGCCUUGCCCGGAGCCCCUUAGACAUCGGCAUUUACCAUUUCUUCCAUUAAAUAUGUCUCUCCGAG